CCUCUCAUGAGCGCACACGUACAAGAACAGCGGAGCACAGACCACAACUACUCACUGGCAUUCACCAUUGAGGAUUUUUGAAGGGAAACCGGAAGUCUUGAGAUCACUGGAGGCUUUUUCCCCAGGGCUGAAAUAGCUAACACGAGGGGAUUUUUUUAAGCGAUUCAUUAUUCUUCUAGGAGUCGAGAUGUAAUUACAAAUGGAGAGACUGAUGUCCAGAUUCAAAGCCAAGUUCACCAGUUUUAGAUAAGUGGUUUGUUUCAAAUUGCCUCUUCUCCCACUUAUAUAUAACCUUCCUCAUGAGCUUUUGCUUGUUCAUUUAUCCUCACCAUCCAUUUUUCACCAUAGCCUACCCAGUCCUGCCUUUAUCCUGCUAUAGAUCUCUUCUUUUAUUCUAUGCUCUCUUCCCACUUUUCUGCAUCUAGAAAACUGUUUAGUCCCCAACUUCCCCAAAUUUGUUGAAAAGUCAUCAACAUAAAACAUUAACUCCCUUUUUCUCGCUUCCUAUUUGCUGCCUAACCAGUUUAAUUGACCCCAUAUUUUCUGCUUUUCAUUUUGCAGUACUUGGCUUUUCUAUUCAGUGUCUGGAAUGUAACGCUUUCUCCAGACUGCCAGUAUUACCACCAAGUAUUGUUGACGCUAGGUGGUAUCUUAUAAUAAUUGCUAAGUGCUAAAAUUCAUAAACAUGAGAAAUUCUGCAGCUGCAGGAAAUCCAAAGCAACACACAAAAAAUACAGGAGGAACUCAGCAGUUCAGGCAGCAUCUAUGGAAGAGAAUACAGCCAAGGUUUUGGUCAAACACCCUUUGGCAGGACUAGAAUGGAAGGGGGAAGACACCAGAAUAAAAGGGUGGGGGGAGGGGAAGGAGGAUGGCUGAAACCAGGUGGGGAGGGAAGAUAAAGGGCUGGAAAGGAAGGAAUCUGAUAGAAGUGGAGAGGGGAGGUUAGGAAAAAGGGAAAGAGGAGGAGAUGCAGGAGGAGGUGAUAGGCAGGUAAGAAGAUGUAAGAAGCCAAAGAAGAAGAGGGGAGAGAGUGAGAAAUUUUUUUGUGGGGAGGAAAAAUAUCGAGGUUCAUACCACCAGGUUGGAGGCUACCAAGACAGAAAGUGAGGUGUUACUCCUCCACCCUGAGAGUGGUCACAUUGGUACAAGAGGAGGCCAUGGCCCAACAUAACGGAAUGGGAAUGGGAAUCGGAAUUAAAAUGUUUAGUCAUUGGGAAGUUCCGCUUUAGUCGGAUGGAGCAGAGAUGCUUGACAAGCGGUUCCCCAAUUAGCAAUGGGGCUCACCACUGUAGGGGAUUUCCAGAUGCAAUAGCUAACCCAUCAGAUUCACAGUUGAAGUGUUGCCCCCUCUGGAAGGACAGUUAGGGGCCCUGAUUAGAAGUGAGGGAGGAGGGACAAAUGGAUAAGGAGGGAGUGAUCCCUGUAGAAAAUGGAAGGGGUGGGGAGGGAGGUAAAAUAUGUUUAGUGCAGGGGUCGGCAACGUUUACCACUGAAAGAGCCAAUAUGGACCCAUUUCCCACAGAAAAGAAAACACUGGGAGCCACAAAAUGAAAUAACACUGCAUACAACGGGUUUUUUUUGCCUUUAUGCUAUGUAUAAAUAAACUAUAAUGUGUUGCAUUUAUGAAAUUGAUGAACUCCUGCAGAGAAAACGAAAUUACAUUUCUGCAUGCAACAAAAACAUUUUGAACUCCGAAAAAAAGACGUUGGGUUGAAGGUUACUCCGUAGGUAGCCUACCUUGGAUCGAAGAAUUAAAAGAAAGCGCGCACUGGCGCGCAUUGGCAGUUGUGAUGUAUAUUAAUAGCGAUAAAAAACACGUUGUAGCGGUGUGCUACACGCAGCGCUAAAAUAAAGACUGCAGUCAAAGGUAACUUUAUUCGAACUAAACAGCCUUGCUUUAAAGCCUCCCUCAACCCGUCCCCGUGGGCGCGGAUGCUCCAAAAGACACGUACUCACAAACCCCCUUAGGCUAUCUCCCUUAGUCGGAACGGUAGCUAAUUGUGAGCCGGUUCGGAUGUGCCAGGAAACGGUGUCUCCGCAAAGUUUUCAUAUUGUACAAGAUCACCAUAAUCUUCAAAUUUCGAAUUACAUUUCAAAAGCUAACAAACCACGGGGAGCCGCAUCACAGAGAUCAAAGAGCCGCAUGUGGCUCUGGAGCCGCAGGUUGCCGACCUCUGGUUUAGUGGUAGGAUCCCUUUGGAGAUGAUGGAAAUUGCAGAGGGUGAUGUGCUGGAUGUAGAAGUUCAUGGGGUGGUAGGUAAGGACAAGAGAAAAUAUAUCACUGUUAAAGUGGCAGGAACAUGGGGUGGGCGCAGAUGUUUGGGAAAUGGAGGAGAUGUAGGUGAGGGCAGCAUCUAUGUUAGAGGAAAGAAACCCCAUAUCUUUGAAGAAGGAGGACAUCGCCAAAGGCCUGGAAAAGGAAGGUUAGAUCCUGGGAACAGUUGCAAUAGAGACGAAGGAACCAAGAAAAGGUAUUUUUACAGGGGCCAGGGUGGGAAACUUACAGUCAAGAUAACCUUGGGAAUCAGUAGGUUUAUAAAAGAUGUCAGUCAAUAGUUUGCCUCCGGCGAUGGAAGCAGAGAGAUCGAGGAAGAAGAGGGAGAUGUCAGGAAUAGACCACAUGAAUUGCAGUUUUGUUAGAGGCAAAGUUGAUGAAAUUGACAAUCUCAACAUGGGUGCAGGAAGUAUGCCAACACAGCAGAAUAGCAGAGGAAGAGUUGGGGAGCAUUGCUGGGGAAGACUUGGAACAUGGACUGCUCUAUGCAGCCAACGAAGAGGCAGGCAUAGCUGGGGCCCAAGCUGGUGCCCAUGGCUACCUCUCAAGUCUGGAAAAAAGUGAAAGGAGCCGAAUGAAAAACUGUUCAGGGUGAGGAACAGUUCUGCCAGAGAGAGGAGGAUGGUGGUGGAGGGGAACUGGUUGGUUAUUUUAUUGAGAAAGAAGCAGAGAGCCACCCUGUGCUGAUGACCGAUGAUGUCUCCAACUCUUCUCCUCUUCUUGGACACCCUGUUCUGGUUCUCUACCUGCUCUGGAACUUUUCACCUCCAAUUGACAAUGAGACAUCAACCACCUCUAUUUCAACACUCUUCUCUCCUCCUCCAACCUGACUCUUUCUGAACGUACUGCCCUCUGUUAGGGCAUAUUCUGGACUUAAGGUAUAUCACAAAAUAUUAACUUCAGCAAGCAAUCUUAAGACCUGAACGUGGAUUGUAGAUUAAAUUUAAAAUGUAGGCCUAGAAAAUAGGUUCCUAGAUCUGGGGCCAGCUAUCGACUGGAAGGUCCGGAAGGGGGUGUCACUGGGGUGAGUUCUUGCAGUCUUUCAAAUAGAGACUACCCUGAACCUCCUGUAUGUCAAUGAGAGGGCUUGUGUGCCUGAUGCUCUUUCCGUGCUGGUGCUCCUGACCAGAGAGUAAAAAUGAUAGCACUACAGAGUGUUAGCUUUCGGAAAAUGAAGGGGUGUGGAUUAAAAUGUGAAUAAAAUGCAAUCAGCCAGCAGGGUAAGAAGCAACAGGCAUAUAAAUGACAAACAUACGUUUUAAAGACAAAGUUCCCGUAUCAGAUUUAUCUCCUAUCAGGAUCCCCCUCCUCCGAACAUUUAUUUCUUUCAUUAGUCAACACCCCAGCUCUGUACUUCACCCGCUCCCCCUCUCCCGGUUUUAGCUAACACGCUCCCCCUCCCCCGGCUUCACAUAUCACCUGCUCCCCCUCUCCCGGCUAUACCUGUCACCGGCUCCCCAUCUCCCGGCUUCACCUAUCACCCGCUCCCCCUCUCCCGGUAUCACCUAUCACCCGCUCUCCCUCUCCCAGCUUCACCUAUCACCCGCUCCCCCUCUCCCGGUCUCACCUAUCACCCGCUCACCCACUCCCAGGCUCACCUGUCACCUGAUCUCCCUCUCCCGGUCUCACCUAUCACCCGCUCACCCACUCCCGGUCUCACCUAUCACUCGCUCCCCCUCUCCCGGUCUCACCUAUCACCCGCUCCCCCUCUCCCGGCUCACCUAUCACAUGCUCCCCCUCUCCCGGUCUCACCUAUCACACGCUCCCCCUCUCCCGGCUCACCUAUCACCCGCUCCCCAUCUCCCGGCUUCACCUAUAACCUGCAACCCCUCUCGCGGCUUCCCCUUUCACCCGUUCCCCCUCUCCCGGAUUCACCUAUCAUCCACUCCCCGUCCCCCGGCUUCACCUAUGACCCGCUCCCCGUCUGCCGGACUCACCUAUCACCCGCUCCCCCUCUCCCGGUCUCACCUAUCACCCGCUCCCCAUCUCCCGGCUUCACCUAUCACCCGCUCCCCUUCUCACGGUCUCACCUAUCACCUGCUCCUCAUCUCCCAGCUUCACCUAUCACCCACACCCCCUCUCCUGGUCUCACCUCUCACCCGCUCCCCGUCUCCCGGUCUCACCUAUCACCCGCACCUCAUCUCCCAGUUUCACCUAUCACCCGCUCCUCAUCUCCCGGCUUCACCUAUCACCUGCUCCCCAUCUCCCGGUCUCACCUAUCACCCACUCCCCCUCUCCCGGCUUCACCAAACACCUGCUCCCCCUCUCCCGGCUUCACCAAACACCUGCUCCCCCUCUCCCGGUCUCAACUAUCACCCGCUCCCCCGCUCCUGGUCCCCCUCUCCCGGCUUCACCUAUCACCCGCUACCCCUCUCCCGGUCUCAACUAUCACCCGCUCCCCGCUCCCGGUCCCCCUCUCCCGGCUUCACCAAUCACCCGCUCCCCGUCUCCCGGCUUCACCUAUCACCAGCUCCCCCUCUCCUGGCUUCACAUAUCACCGGCUCCCCCUCUCCCGGUCUCACCUAUCAACCACUCCCCCUCUUCCGGCUUCCCCAAUCACCCGCUCCCCGUCUCCUGGCUUCACCUAUCACCCACUACCCCUCUCUCGGCUUCACCUAUCACCAGCUCCCCCUCUCCUGGCUUCACAUAUCACCGGCUCCCCCUCUCCCGGGCUCACCUAUCACCCACUACCCCUCUCCCGGCUUCACCUAUCACCCGCUCCCCCUCUCCCGGCUUCACCUAUCACCCGCUCCCACCUCCCUAUCUCACGUAUCAAAUGCCCCCCCUCUCCCGACAUCACCUAUCACCCGCUCCCCCUCUCUCGGUCUCACGUAUCACCUGCAACCCCUCUCCCGGUCUCACCGAUUACCCGCUCCCCCUCUCCCGGCUUCACUUAUCACCCGCUCCACAUCUACCGGUCUCACCUAUCACCCUCUUUUCAUAUGA